CGGCUGUUCCUGGAGCGCGGGACGCGGCCCCGAGCGGGGAAGAUGGCGAAGGGCGGCGCGCGGCACUGCGCGAGGAGCGCACUGCUCACCGGCGGCCCCCGGGGCCCCGCGCCGCUGCUGCUGGCCGGGCUAGCGCUGCUGGGCGCGGCGCGGGCGCAGGCGGCGGCGGACGGGGGCUUCAGCCUGCACCCGCCCUACUUCAACCUGGCGGAGGGCGCCCGCAUCUCCGCGUCCGCGACCUGCGGCGAGGAGGCUCCGGCGCGUGGCCCCCCGCGCCCUACCGAGGACCUCUACUGCAAACUGGUGGGGGGCCCCGUGGCAGGCGGGGACCCCAACCAGACCAUCCAGGGCCAGUACUGUGACAUCUGCACAGCUGCCAGUAGCAACAAAGCACAUCCCGUGAGCAAUGCGGUUGAUGGCACAGAGCGCUGGUGGCAGAGCCCGCCACUGUCCCGCGGUCUGGAGUACAAUGAAGUCAACGUCACUCUGGACCUGGGCCAGGUUUUCCAUGUGGCCUACGUGCUCAUCAAAUUUGCCAACUCCCCUCGGCCAGACCUCUGGGUGCUGGAGCGAUCCACAGACUUUGGCCACACCUACCAGCCAUGGCAGUACUUUGCAUCGUCCAAGAGGGAUUGCCUGGAGCGAUUCGGGCCUCGGACGCUGGAGCGUGUGUUGCGGGAUGAUGACGCCAUCUGCACCACCGAGUACUCACGCAUCGUGCCCCUGGAGAACGGCGAGAUCGUGGUGUCCCUGGUGAACGGGCGCCCGGGGGCCUUGAACUUCUCCUACUCCCCACUGCUGCGCGACUUCACUAAAGCCACCAACAUCCGCCUGCGUUUCCUGCGCACCAACACGCUGCUGGGUCACCUCAUGGGCAAGGCGCUGCGGGACCCCACGGUCACACGCCGGUACUAUUACAGCAUCAAGGACAUCAGCAUUGGCGGCCGCUGCGUCUGCCACGGCCACGCGGAUGUCUGUGACGCCAAAGACCCCACAGACCCUUUCAGGCUGCAGUGUGCCUGCCAGCACAACACCUGUGGCACCUCCUGUGACCGCUGCUGCCCUGGUUUCAACCAGCAGCCGUGGAAGCCAGCAACUGCCGACAGUGCCAACGAGUGCCAAUCCUGCAACUGCCACGGCCAUGCCAAUGACUGUUACUACGACUCUGAGGUAGACCGGCGCCACGCCAGCCAGAGUCAGGAUGGCACCUAUCAGGGCGGAGGUGUCUGCAUUGACUGCCAGCAUCACACAACCGGCAUCAACUGUGAACUCUGCCUGCCCGGCUUCUACCGUACCCCGGACCAGCCACUAGACUCACCCCACAUCUGUCGCCGCUGCAACUGUGAGUCAGACUUCACUGAUGGGACUUGUGAGGACCUGACUGGCCGCUGCUACUGCCAGCCCAACUUCACCGGGGAGCGUUGUGACAUGUGUGCCGAGGGCUUUGUGGGCUUCCCACACUGCUACCCUGUGCCCUCAUUCUCCCCCAAUGACACUGGGGAGCAGGUGCUGCCAGCCGGACAGAUCGUAAACUGUGACUGCAGUGCUGCCGGGACCCAGGGCAACGCCUGCCGGAAGGAUCCGCGGGUGGGACGCUGCGUGUGCAAACCCAACUUCCAUGGUGCCCACUGUGAGCUCUGUGCCCCAGGGUUCUAUGGACCCGGCUGCCAGCCCUGCCAGUGUUCCAGCCCCGGAGUGAUAGAUGGCCACUGUGACCCUGACACAGGCCAGUGCAAGUGCCGGCUGGGCUUCGAGGGAGCCUCAUGUGAUCGCUGUGCCCCUGGCUACUUCCAUUUCCCCCUCUGCCAGUUGUGUGGCUGCAGCCCUGUAGGGACAUUGGCCAGAGGCUGUGACGAGUCUGGCCACUGCCCAUGCCGGCCCGAGUUUGCUGGCCCUCACUGUGACCACUGCCAUCCAGGCUACCACGGUUAUCCUGACUGCCAUGCCUGCUCCUGUGACCCCCGGGGAGCCCUGGACCCCCUCUGCAGCGCAGGUGGUUUGUGCCACUGCCGCCCUGGCUAUGCAGGUGCCACCUGCCAGGAAUGCAGCCCCGGCUUCCACGGCUUUCCUGACUGUGUCUCCUGCCACUGCUCUGUGGAUGGUGCCCUGCACUCAGCCUGCGAUGCCCAGAGUGGGCAGUGCAGCUGCCGGCCCCGCGUGACUGGGCUGCGGUGUGAAAUGUGUGUCCCCGGUGCCUACAACUUUCCCUUCUGCGAAGUGGGCUCCUGCCACCCUGCUGGCCUGGCUUCAGCUGAUCCUGCCCGUCCUGAGACACAGCCUUCCUGCACGUGCCGGGCUCAUGUGGAAGGACCAAGUUGUGACCGCUGCAAACCUGGGUUCUGGGGGCUGAACCCUAGUAUCCCUGAGGGCUGUACCCGCUGCAGCUGCGACCCCAGGGGCACGCUGGGUGGAGUUGCUGAGUGCCAGCAGGGCAAUGGCCAGUGUUUCUGCAAGCCCCACGUGUGUGGGCGGACAUGUGCAGCAUGCAGGGAUGGCUUCUUCGGUCUGGACCGGGCUGACUACUUUGGCUGCCGCAGCUGCCAGUGCGACAUGGGCGGUGCACUGGGCCAGAGCUGUGAGCCGAGGACCGGUGCCUGCCGGUGCCGCCCCAACACCCAGGGCCCCACCUGCAGCGAGCCUGCAAGGGACCACUACCUCCCAGACCUGCACCACCUCCGGCUUGAGCUGGAAGAGGCGGCCACACCUGAGGGCCACGCCCUACGCUUUGGCUUCAACCCCCUGGAGUUUGAGAACUUUAGCUGGAGGGGCUACGCGCAGAUGACACCCAUCCAGCCCAGAAUCGUGGCCAGACUGAACCUGACCUCCCCUGACCUAUUCUGGCUCGUCUUCCGCUAUGUCAACCGAGGGCCCACGAGCGUGAGUGGGCGGGUCUCUGUGCGAGAGGAGGGCAACUUUGCCACCUGUGCCAACUGCACAGAGCAGAGCCAGCCUGUGGCCUUCCCACCCAGCACGGAGCCUGCCUUUGUCACUGUGCCCCAGAGAGGCUUUGGAGAGCCCUUUGUGCUGAACCCUGGCACCUGGGCCCUGCUUGUGGAGGCUGAAGGGGUGCUCCUGGAUUAUGUGGUUCUGCUGCCCAGCGCCUACUACGAGGCAGCCCUCCUGCAGCUGCGGGUGACAGAAGCCUGUACCUACCGCCCCUCCCCCCAGCGCUCUGGGGAAAACUGCCUCCUCUACACCCACCUCCCCCUGGAUGGCUUCCCUUCUGCCGCUGGGCCUGAUGCUCUGUGUCGCCAUGACAACAGCCUGCCACGGCCCUGCCCCACGGAGCAGCUCAGCCCCUCACACCCACCACUGGCCAUCUGCCUGGGCAGUGAUGUGGAUGUCCAGCUUCAGGUGGCAGUGCCGCGGCCAGGCCGCUAUGCCUUGGUGGUGGAGUAUGCCAAUGAAGAUGCCCGCCAGGAGCUGGGUGUGGCCGUGCAGACCCCACAGCAGGCCUCCCAGCAGGGGACACUCACCCUCCACCCCUGCUUAUACAGCACUCUGUGCCGGGGUGUGGCCCUGGACACCCAGGACCACCCAGCCGUGUUCUACCUUGACUCAGAGGCCAGUGUCCGGCUGACAGUUGAGCAGGCACACUUCUUCCUGCACGGUGUCACUCUGGUGCCUGUGGAGGAAUUCAGCCCAGAGUUGGUGGAACCGCGGGUCCGCUGCAUCAGUAACCAUGGCACCUUCAGCCCUAGCAGUGCCGCCUGUCUGCCCUCGCGCUUCCCGAAGCCACCACAGCCUGUCGUGCUCAGGGACUGCCAGGUGCUGCCGCUGCCACCUGGCCUCCCACUGAUCCACUCACAGGAGCUCACACCCGGUUCACCCCCUGCUAGCCCCCAGCCUCGACCCCCCACUGCCGUGGACCCCGACACAGAGCCCACCCUGCUGCGUCACCCCCAGGGCACCGUGGUCUUCACCACCCACGUGCCCACCCUGGGCCGCUACGCCUUCCUGCUACAUGGAUACCAGCCAGCCCAUCCCUCCUUUCCUAUGGAGGUCCUCAUCAAUGGGGGCAGAGUCUGGCAGGGCCAUGCCAAUGCCAGCUUCUGCCCACAUGGCUAUGGCUGUCGCAACCUGGUAGUGUGUGAGAACCAGGCCCUGCUGGAUGUGACAGACAGCGAGCUCACUGUGACUGUGCGUGUGCCCGAGGGCCGGUGGCUCUGGCUGGAUUAUGUGCUUGUGGUGCCUGAGGACGCCUACAGCUCCAGCUACCUCCGGGAGGAGCCCCUGGACAAAUCCUAUGACUUCAUCAGCCACUGUGCUGCCCAGGGUUACCACAUCAGCCCCAGCAGCUCAUCUCUAUUCUGCCGAAACGCUGCCGCCUCUCUGUCCCUCUUCUAUAACAAUGGGGCCCGGCCUUGUGGCUGCCAUGAAGCAGGUGCCACAGGCCCUACGUGUGAGCCCUUUGGGGGCCAGUGUCCCUGCCGUGCCCAUGUCAUCGGCCGCGACUGCUCCCGCUGUGCCACUGGCUACUGGGGCUUCCCCAACUGCAGGCCCUGCGACUGUGGCGCCCGCCUAUGUGAGGAGCUCACGGGCCGGUGCAUCUGCCCACCCCGCACCAUCCCACCUGACUGCCUGCUGUGCCAGCCACAGACCUUUGGCUGCCACCCCUUGGUAGGCUGCGAGGAGUGUAACUGCUCAAGACCUGGUGUCCAAGAGCUCACAGACCCUGCCUGCGACAGGGACAGCGGCCAAUGCAGGUGCAGACCUAAUGUGGCCGGGCGCCGCUGUGACAUCUGUGCUCCAGGCUUCUAUGGCUUUCCCAGCUGUCAGCCCUGUGACUGCCAUGAGGCAGGCACUGCUCCUGGCACGUGUGACCCUGUUACAGGCCAAUGCCGUUGCAAGGAGAACGUGCAGGGUCUAAGGUGUGACCAGUGCCGCCUCGGGACCUUCUCCCUUGAUGCCAUCAACCCCAAAGGCUGCACCCGCUGCUUCUGCUUCGGGGCCACCGAGCGCUGCAGAAGCUCUGUCUACACUCGCCGAGAGUUCAUGGACAUGGAGGGUUGGGUGCUGCUGAGCAGUGACCGGCAGGUGGUGCCUCAUGAGCGGAGGCCAGAGGCAGAGCUGCUCCAUGUGGACCUGCGGCACGUGCCCGAGGAUUUCCCCGAGCUAUACUGGCAUGCCCCGCCCUCCUACCUGGGGGACCGCGUGUCAUCCUAUGGUGGGACCCUCCGCUAUGAGCUGCACUCAGAGACCCAACGGGGAGAUGUCUUCAUCCCUACAGAGAGCAGGCCGGACGUGGUGCUACAGGGCAACCAGAUGAGCAUCAUGUUCCUGGAGCCAGUGUACCCUGCGCCCGGCCAUGUUCACCAUGGGCAGCUGCAGCUGGUGGAGGGGAACUUUCGGCACUCGGAGACCCACAACGCCGUGUCCCGGGAGGAGCUCAUGAUGGUACUGGCCGGCCUGGAGCAGCUGCAGAUCCGCGCCCUCUUCUCACAGAUCUCCUCAGCCAUCUCCCUGCGCAGGGUGGCACUGGAGGUGGCUGGCGAGCUGGGUGGGGGGCCUCCAGCCAGCAACGUGGAGCUGUGCAUGUGCCCUGCCAACUACCGUGGGGACUCAUGCCAGGAAUGUGCCCCUGGCUAUUACCGGGACAUCAAAGGUCUCUUUCUGGGCCGAUGCGUCCCCUGUCAGUGCCAUGGCCACUCGGACAGUUGCCUGCCUGGCUCCGGCAUCUGCGUGGGCUGCCAGCACAACACGGAGGGGGACCACUGCGAGCGCUGCCAGGCCGGCUUCGUGAGCAGCAGGCCCGAGGACCCCACAGCACCCUGCAUCAGCUGCCCUUGCCCCCUUGCAGUGCCCUCCAACAACUUCGCCGAGGGCUGCAUCCUGCGAGGUGGCCACACUCAGUGCCUCUGCAAACCCGGUUAUGCUGGGGCCUCCUGUGAGCGGUGCGCGCCAGGCUUCUUUGGGAACCCUCUGGUGCUGGGCAGCUCCUGCCAGCCUUGUGACUGCAGUGGCAAUGGUGACCCUAACUUGCUCUUCAGCGACUGUGACCCCCUGACAGGCGCCUGCCGUGGCUGCCUGCGCCACACCACUGGGCCCCGCUGUGAGAGCUGUGCCCCCGGCUUCUAUGGCAACGCCCUGCUGCCUGGCAACUGCACCCGGUGCGACUGUGCUCCAUGUGGGACAGAGGCGUGUGACCCCCACACUGGGCGCUGUCUCUGCAAGCCAGGUGUGGCUGGGCUGCGCUGUGACCACUGUCAGGAUGGACACUUUGGCUUCGACAGCUGUGAGGGCUGCCACCCUUGCACCUGUGGACCAGCCGCUGAGGGUCCUGAGUGCCACCCCCAAAGCGGGCAGUGUCGCUGCAGACCAGGGACUGGGGGACCCCAGUGCCGUGAGUGUGCCCCAGGCUACUGGGGGCUCCCUGAGCAGGGCUGCAGACGCUGCCAGUGCCCGGGGGGCCGCUGUGACCCCCAUACAGGUCAUUGUACCUGCCCGCCUGGCCUCAGUGGGGAACGCUGUGACACCUGUAGCCAGCAACACCAGGUGCCUGUGCCAGGCCAGCCUGGGGGCCGUGGUGUCCACUGCGAAGUGUGUGACCACUGUGUGGUCCUGCUCCUGGACGAUCUGGAACGGGCCAGCGCCCUUCUUCCUGCCAUUCGCGAACAGCUGCGGGGCAUCAACGCCAGUUCUGCGGCCUGGGCCCGCCUGCACAGGCUGAACGCCUCCAUUGCAGACCUGCAGAGCCAGCUCCGGAGCCCUCCGGGUCCCCGCGCCCAGACUGUACAGCAGCUGAAGACAGUGGAGCAGCAGAGUGCAAGCCUCGGGCAGGAUGCAGAGCAGCUGGGCAGCCAGGCCAUAGGGGCCCGAGAACAGGCGAGCCGGCUGCUGGAAGACACGGAGGCCACACUGGGUCGGGCGCAGACACUGAAGACGGCCAUCCAGGCUAUAGGCCGCGCUGUGAGCGGGCUCGUGUCCCAGAUGGGCCACCUGUGGCCGGCCAAUGCAUCGGCCCCUUCAGGCGAGCAGCUGCACCACAUCCUGGCCAAAGUGGAGCAGCUGCUCAGGGAGAUGCAGACCCAUGACCUGGGGUCCCCAUUGGCAGCAGCGGAGGCUGAGCUGGCCAAGGCCCAGAGAUUGCUGGCUCAUGUGCAGGAGCAGCUGACCAGCCGCUGGGAGGAGAACCAGGCUCUGGCCAGACAAGCCCAUGACCAGCUGGCCCAACACGAGGCCGGCCUCAUGGACCUACGUGAGGCGCUGAACAGGGCAGUGGGUGCCACACGGGAGGCUGAGGAACUUAAUAGCCGCAACCAGGAGCUCCUGGAGGAAGCCCUGCAACGGAAGCAGGACCUGUCCCGCGACAACGCCACCCUGAAGGCCACUCUGCAGGCUGCCAGCAACAUCCUGACCCAUGCCUCUGAGCUGCUUCUAGGCAUGGACCAAGCCAAGGAGGAGUCUGAGCGCCUCGCUGCCAACUUGGAUGGGGCCCGGACGCCAUUGCUGCAGAGGCUGCAGGCCUUCUCCCCAGCCGACAGCAAGGUGCGCUUGGUGGAGGACGCAGAGGCCCAUGCACAGCAACUUGACCAGCUGGCACUCAACCUGUCCAGCAUCAUCCUCAGUGUCAACCAGGACCGCUUCAUCCAGAGGGCUAUCGAGGCUGCCAACGCCUACAGCAGCAUCCUCCAGGCUGUGCGGGCUGCUGAGGGUGCCGCCGGCCAGGCCCUGGAGCAGGCAGGCCACACAUGGGCGUCGGUGGUGCAGCGGGGCCUGGCAGCCCGAGCCCGCCAGGGGCUGGCCAACAGCAGCUUAAUAGAGGAGGCCGCCCACGGGGAGGAGCUGAAGUUGAGCCGUGCAUGGGCCGCCCUUCAGGGCGCUGGGACCCAUCUCCGUGAUGUCCGGGCCAAGAAGGACCAGCUGGUGGCCCAAAUCCAGGAGGCGCAGGCCAUGCUAGCCAUGGACACAGAUGAGACAAGCAAGAAGAUCGCCCAUGCCAAGGCUGUAGCCAUCGAAGCCCAGGACACAGCUGCCCGCGUGCAGUCCCAGCUGCGGGACAUGCAGGAGAACCUGGAGCGCUGGCAGGGCCAAUACCAGGGCCUGCGGGGACAGGAUCUGGGCCAGGCAGUGCUGGAUGCAGGCCGCUCAGUGUCCACCCUUGAGAAGACGCUGCCACAGCUGCUAGGCAAGCUGAACCUGCUAGAGAACCGCGGGGCCCCCAAUGCCAGCCUGGCACUGUCUGCCAGCAUUGGCCGUGUGCGGGAGCUCAUUGCCCAGGCCCGGGGAGCCGCCAGCAAGGUCAAGGUGCCCAUGAAGUUCAACGGGCACUCGGGGGUGCAACUGCGUGCCCCACGGGACCUUGCUGACCUCGCUGCCUACACAGCCCUCAAGUUCUAUCUGCAGAGCCCAGAGCCAGCACCUGGGCAGGAUGCCGGGGACCACUUUGUGUUGUACAUGGGCAGCCGCCAGGCCACAGGGGACUACCUGGGCGUGUCUCUGCGUGACCAGAAGGUGCACUGGGUGUACCGGCUGGGGGAGGCCGGCCUCGCAGCUCUCAGCGUGGACGAGAGCAUCGGGGAGCAGUUUGCCGCCGUCAGCCUUGACAGGACCCUCCAGUUUGGUCACAUGUCUGUCACAGUGGAGAGGCAGAUGGCCCAUGAAACCAAGGGUGACACAGUGGCACCUGGGGCAGAGGGGCUGCUCAGCUUGCAGCCCGAGGACUUUGUCUUCUAUGUCGGGGGCUACCCCAGCAACUUCACGCCCCCCGCACCCCUGCAUUUCCCUGGCUACCGGGGCUGCAUUGAGAUGGACACACUGAAUGAAGAGGUGGUCAGUCUCUACAACUUUGAGCAGACCUUCCAGCUGGACACAGCCGUGGAUAAGCCUUGUGCCCGCUCCAAAUCAACUGGGGACCCCUGGCUCACGGAUGGCUCCUACUUGGAUGGCUCUGGAUUUGCCCGCAUCAGCUUCGACCCUCACAUCAGCAGCACCAAGCGCUUCGAGCAGGAGCUGCGGCUUGUGUCCUACAAUGGGAUCAUCUUCUUCCUGAAGCACCAGAGCCAGUUCCUGUGCCUAGUGGUACGAGAAGGCGGCCUCGUGCUCCUCUACAAUUUUGGUACUGGUCUGAAGGAGGCCAUCCCACUGCAGCCCCCACCACCCCUGACGGCGGCCAGCAAGGCGAUCCAGGUGUUCCUGCUGGGGGGUGCCCGGAAGCGUGUGCUGGUGCGCGUGGAGCGUGCUACGGUGUUCAGCGUGGAGCAGGACAACACCCUGGAGCUGGCUGACACGUAUUACCUGGGGGGUGCACCACCUGACCAGCUGCCCCCAAGCCUGCAGCAGCUCUUCCCCUCUGGAGGCUCUGUCCGUGGCUGUGUCAAGGGGAUCAAGGCUUUGGGCAAGUACGUGGACCUCAAGAGGCUGAACACGACAGGUGUGAGCUCUGGCUGCACAGCUGACCUGCUGGUGGGACGCACCAUGACUUUCCACGGCCAUGGCUUUCUGCCUCUGGCACUCCCUGAGGUGCCACCUCUCUCUGGAGACGUAUACUCUGGCUUUGGCUUCCGCAGUGUCCAGGAUAGCGGUCUGCUCUACUACCGGGCAUCACCGGACGGACUGUGCCAGGUGUCCCUGCAGCAAGGCCACGUGACACUCCGGUUCCUGAGAACUGAGGUGAAAACCCGAGGGGGCUUUGCUGACGGUGUGCCCCAUUAUGUCGCCUUCUACAGCAAUGCCACAGGGGUCUGGCUGUAUGUGGACGACCAGCUGCAACAGAUGAAGGCACACCGAGGGCUGCCCCCUGGGCUCCAGCCACAGCCUGAGGGGCCCCCACGGCUCCUCCUGGGAGGCCUGCCUGAGUCUGGCUCCUUCCACAACUUCAGUGGCUGCAUCAGCAACGUCUUUGUGCAGCGGCUCCUGGGGCCACAGCGUGUUUUCGACCUACAGCAGAACGUGGGCGGCACCAACGUGAGCACGGGCUGUGUCCCUGCCCCGCACCCUCCGACCCGGGCUCUGAGGCCACAAGGACUGCAAGCCCCUGCUGGGAAGGCCUCCCGCCGCAGCCGCCAGCCCACCCAGGACCCCACCUGCACGCCACCCCUGCACCCACAGACCCUCUCAGACUCAUACCAGUUUGGAGGCCCCCUGUCCAGUCACCUGGAAUUUGCAGGCAUCCUGGCCCCCCACAGGGACUGGCCCCGCCUCUCCAUGCGUGUCCGCCCGCAAGCCCCCCAAGGCCUCCUGCUGUUCGCCGCCCCACGGUCACCCAGCAGUCCCUCCCUGGCACUCUUCCUGAGCCACGGACGCUUUGUCGCUCAGACGGGAGGCCCUGGGCCCCAGCUCCGUGUCCAGAGCCGUCAGCGUUUACGGACUGGCCAUUGGCACAGGGUGUCCUUGCACUGGGAGAAGAGUCGGAUCCAGCUGAGGACAGAUGGCAGCCGGGCCUGGAGCCAGGAGGGGCCCCGACAGCAGCACCAGGGGCACCUCCAGCCCCACACCCUUUUUGUGGGGGGCCUCCCAGCCAGCAGCCACUUCAAGCCCCCUGUGUCCGUCAGGUUCAGUGGCUGUGUGAAGAGACUAAGACUGGAUGGGAGGCCCUUGGGGGCCCCCACUCAGAUGGCGGGGGUUGUGCCCUGUGUCUCAGGUCCCCUGGAGGAAGGCCUGUUCUUCCCAGGCACUGGGGGCGUCAUCACUCUAGAUGCCCCAGGGGCCACACUGCCAGACUUGAGCCUGGAGCUGGAGGUGCGGCCCCAGACAGUAGCUGGCCUGAUCUUCCACCUGGGCCGGGUCCAGGGCCCCCCCUCCCUGCAGCUGCAGGUGUCCCAUAAGCAGGUUCAGCUGUGGGCAGACGACGGGGCAGGAGAGUUCUCCACAUGGGUGGUGAGCCCCACUUUGCUAUGUGACGGACGUUGGCAUCGACUAGCUGUGAUCAAAGGCGGGAACAUGCUCUGGCUGGAGGUGGAUGGGCAGAGCAACAACACCGUGGGGCCAUCCCUGGCAGCCUCGACCCAUAUGGCAGCCCCUCUGCACCUUGGGGGCCUGCCUGAGCCCAUGGCCAAGCAGCCUAGGCCCCCCGCCUACAGGGGCUGCAUGCGGAAGCUGGUGGUGAACCAGACCCCCAUCACGGUGGCUCACUCUGCAGGGGUCCAGGGGGCAGUGGGAGCUAGUGGCUGCCCUGCCAUGUAGGGUGCUGCCCCCUGGGAUCCCAGCCCUUCACACUCCCCCUGGUGACAAGCUGCCUCUCACAAGUGCCUCAUAGAUAACAUUUGUGUGUAUUUAUCUGGACUCUAGGUUCUUUGGGUGAUAAAUCUUAUUUCUAGAAAUGGUUUAAGUUAUAUUUUUUAAACAAAAGGGUAAAAUCGUAAAAUGGGGUUUUUAUACUUUCUCUCCCUUUCACCUUUUAAAGAUGGUCUUAAGAUUUAUAAAUCACU